AUGCCAAUUUCACUUUUGUAUGAUUUUGAAGAAACCUCGGAACAGAUUAUUAUUAAAGUUAAUCUUAAAGGAGCUACCAGAAGUAGUCUCUCCACCACUAUUUCUGAUUGUUAUAUCAAAGUCAAUUGCCCACCUCAUCAUUUUUUGGAAUUAGAUUUGAAGGAGACAAUUGUGUUGGAUGACUCAUCGAGAACACACAAAGUUGAGGGUCACAAUGUUGUGUUUGUUUUGAAAAAGAAGGAUAAAAAGGAGUGGGGUUCUGCAAUCUUGAAACCAAAUGAUGAAGUUAGCAAGGAGAUGAUCGAAUCUAGAAGAAAGGAGUCUCUGGAAAGACUCUCGAAAAUGGAGGCAGAAGAAAGAGAGGAAAGAAAAAAACAAAGGACAAAAGAAGAACAGAGACUUUUAGAGCUUCAUUGGCAAGAGGAAAAGAAAAAGAGAGAGGAUAUUGAAAGAAAGAAACAAGAAGAAAAGGAGCAAGCAGCACUUGAAUUGAGUCAACUUAAAGAAAGAGAUGAAACAUCUUCCCAAAAAUCUGAAAAAUACAGGGUUGCAAAUCAAAGACAAGUAACUAUUGAAGAUAUUACUGAGGAGGAUAUAGCUGUUGAUGAAAAGAACUCAAAUUAUGAACAUUUUACUGCACCAAUCAGACAGACAGAAACAUCAACUAUUAAGUUAUCAUUCACACCAAGAGCAUUGAGGACUCCUGCAAGGGAGGACAAGGAUAGUGAAACAUUGAAAAAAUACGAAAUUUGGAGAAGAAAAAACAAACCUGCAGAAUUGGAAGAAAAUGUUGUGUGGGUGAUUGAAAGAGGAGAUAAAUUUAUGAAAAAGAAAAAUUUCAACUCUGCAAUUAGUGCCUACACUGAGGCUUUACACAUGGAAUCGAGUGUCAUUACAUGUUUGCCGAAGAGAGCAGAGUGUUUCUUUGAAAGAAAAGAAUAUUUGAAGGCUAUCGAAGAUUGUACCAAUUUUUUGAACACUGAAUCAAAACAGAAUGCUCAAAUAGAAGAUAAAUUCCUGCUUCAAGCAUUAACAACAAGAUCGAAAUGCUAUAAGGAGAUUUCAGAUCUUAAGAAAGCACUGGAGGAUGUGAAAAUAGCAUAUAGAAUUGACUCGAGUAUCGAACUACAAAAAAUGAUAAGAGAGUUAGAAAAUACUCUAUCAAAAGAGUUGAUGGAAGACAAAGAUAAGGCUGAUUUGUUGAAAGAUCAAGCUGAUCAAGAAUACUUUGAACAAAGAUUUGAAGAGGCCAUCAAGCUCUAUACUGAUGCCAUCAAUCAUAGAGCUCAUUUCUUCAGAGCCUAUAGCAACAGAUCUGUUUGCUACCUUCAACUGAAUAGAUACUUUGAGUGCAUUCAAGACUGUACAUAUAUUCUUCAAAACAUUCAUUCCAAAUCGGUUCCUGAGCCCGAAAAAAAGAACGCUGCUUCUUUCAUCCUCAAAUCAUACCUGAGAAGAGGUACAUGUCAUUUUAAAGUUGGUGACUACAAUAAUUCAUAUAAGGACUAUGAGCAAGCAUCAAGAAUGGCUCCAGAGGAUGAAGAAAUUCUUGCCGACUUGGAAAAAGUCAACGAAGAACUUACCUCCAAACUUCAAGGGGAUUGGUUAAAAAAUACAGCCAACAACUUUUACUUAAGAGGAGAUUUUGCUUCUGCUAUUCAUUCCUAUACAUUGGCUGUCAAUCUUGACAAGACGAAUCCAGUUUAUUAUUCCAACAGAGCUCAGUGUUUCUUUAAAACUGGUGACUUUGUCAGAUGUGUAAAGGAUUGCAAUACAGCCCUCUCCGUGCUAUCUGAAGAUGAUGAACUGAAAGUCGAUCAAAUUCUGGAAGAGGAAAAAAACGUUGAAGCAAUGCAAGACUCAAAGAAGGAAAAGGAAGAGUUUCCGACUAAUCCAAAACUUACUCCUAAAUUGCAACUUAAACUCUACCUUAAAAGAGCAGUUGCUUACAAGGAGAUGGAAGAAUACGAAAGAGCCUUUUUAGAUAUUCGAAGAGCUCACCAACUCGAGCCUGAAAAUAAGGAAAUCAAAUCAGAAUAUGAUUCUAUUGAAAAAUUAUAUGAGUUAACUAAAAAAGAUGAAAUCAAAAUUGAGAUAAAGGAAUAA